GAUCGAUUGAGAGCGUUGGUUAGAAAUGCCAGCGACAAAGCAGUUGUCAGCCUUUUGUGUAGUACUUUUCUCCUUACUUGGGGUGUGCAGAGCUCUUCUUGGAACUCCAGAAACGGUUUUUGUUGCUCAUUCUAACAACUUGAUCAAUUUUACUGUGAACGGCAACCACUUGCGCUACAGAACGUGGGCUUCACCGGUGACCGAGCAGCGACAAUUUGGUGAAGUGCGUGGUCUUGAUUGUGAAAAGAGGAAAGAGCUGCUUUGCUGGGUGGACAAGAAAGUGAACGCUAUAAGGUGUUCUUCUACACAACCCAAAGCUGGAUGUUCUGACGACUCUCCUACCACAUUUUUGGCAGUGAAUAUUGUAUCAAAUAAUGGCAAACCCGAAGGGGUUGCUCUAGACCCAUGCAACAUGAUGCUCUACUGGACCGACCCAUCCCGUUCAACAAUAAGCGUAGCUAAACUGCAACGUGAUGACAAAGGUGAUAUCAGGGCAGUGAUGACCAAAGACAUCCUCACAGCGAAGAACGGGCUUAGCAAGCCGUUUGGCAUUGCAGUGGAUUCUUGUGCUGGGUAA